CUAGGUCAGCCCGAACCAGAGCCGGAACCCAAGCCUAAACCCGAUCCCGAUCCUUGACUGAGCUGGAGGGAACUUGGCUAGUUCUUCCAGAAAAAGCGGUUGAAGAAGCACGAACCCAGCUGGUCCUGGCCUACAACCCUUUCUUCGCUGCCUCAGACUCAAUGACCAGUCGCAGGAACACUGCUUUCGAGGGCAACGUGGAGGGGAAGUUUCAGUUUGCCAUUGACCGAGGUGGCACCUUUACAGAUGUGUUUGCUCAGUGCCCUGGGGGCCGGGUGCGAGUGCUCAAGCUACUGUCUGAGGAUCCAGCCAACUACCAAGAUGCCCCAACUGAGGGCAUCCGACGCAUCCUGGAGCAGGAGUGUGGUGUGACACUGCCCAGGGACCAGCCCCUGGACACCAGCCGUAUUGCCUGGAUCCGCAUGGGCACAACUGUGGCUACCAAUGCACUAUUGGAACGCCAAGGAGAACGUAUGGCCCUGUUGGUCACCCAGGGGUUCAAAGACCUGCUUCACAUUGGGAACCAGGCCCGAAGAGACCUCUUUGACCUGUCAGUACCAAUGCCUCAGGUCCUGUAUGAGGAGGUGGUGGAGGUGGAUGAGCGGGUGGUGCUGCAUCAUAGAGAGCCAGGGGCUGGGACCCCCAUCACAGGUUCAACAGGGGACCUUCUAGAGGUGCAACGACCUGUGGAUCUAGGAAGCUUACGGAAAAAGCUGGAGGGCCUACUGGCCCGGGGCAUCCGAAGCCUGGCAGUGGUGCUUAUGCACUCCUACAUGUGGGCACAACAUGAGCAGCAGGUGGGCGCAUUGGCACAGGAGCUGGGCUUUACCCACGUGUCCCUAUCAUCGGAGGUGAUGCCGAUGGUGAGGAUUGUUCCCCGAGGGCACACAGCCUGUGCUGAUGCCUACCUGACUCCCACCAUCCACCGCUACCUGCAGGGCUUCUGCAAGGGCUUCCAGGACCACCUGAAGGAUGUCCAGGUGCUCUUCAUGCGCUCAGAUGGGGGUCUGGUGCCCAUGGCAUCCUUCAGCGGCUCCAGGGCUGUGCUCUCAGGCCCUGCAGGUGGUGUUGUUGGCUAUGCAGUCACUACCUACUCUGCUGAGGGAAGACAUCCAGUCAUUGGCUUUGACAUGGGUGGGACCUCCACAGAUGUCAGUCGAUUUGCAGGUGACUAUGAGCAUGUGUUUGAGGCCAGCACUGCUGGCAUCACCAUUCAGGCUCCACAGCUGGACAUCAACACUGUGGCUGCUGGAGGCGGCUCCAGACUCUUCUUCAGGUCUGGCCUAUUUGUGGUGGGUCCUGAGUCAGCUGGCGCUCAUCCUGGUCCUGCCUGCUAUAGAAAAGGUGGACCAUUAACAGUGACAGAUGCCAACUUGGUCCUGGGUCGCCUACUUCCCUCUUCCUUUCCCUGCAUUUUUGGUCCGGGUGAGGACCAGCCACUCUCCAAAGAGGCCUCUAAAGCGGCCCUGGAUACUGUGACAGCUCAGGUCAAUAACUUUCAGGCCCAAGGACCGUACGGGCUUGAUCCACUGACACCUGAGGAGGUGGCCAUGGGUUUUAUACGAGUGGCCAAUGAGGCUAUGUGCCGUCCAAUCCGUGCUCUUACCCAGGCUCGAGGCCAUGACCCAUCAGUCCAUAUACUGGCAUGCUUUGGGGGUGCAGGGGGGCAGCACGCCUGUGCCAUUGCACGUUCCUUGGGCAUGGACACUGUCCAUAUACACAGGCACAGUGGGCUGCUCUCAGCACUGGGGCUGGCCCUGGCAGAUGUGGUGCAUGAGGCCCAAGAGCCUUGUUCCCUGCUAUACACCCCCGAAAACUUCCCUCAGAUUGACCAACAUCUCAGUCGCCUGGAUGAACAGUGUGUGGAGGCCCUGCAGGCCCAGGGCUUCCCCAGAUCCCAGAUCCAUACUGAGAGGUUUCUGCACCUUCGCUACCAAGGGACAGACUGUGCUAUCAUGGUUUCUGCUCGUCGACACCCUCCCACUCUUCAUUCUCCUCAUGAAGGAGACUUUGGGGCAGCCUUCACAGAGAGGUACCUUCAGGAGUUUGGCUUCAUCAUCCCAGACCGGCCAAUCCUAAUAGACGAUGUGCGAGUACGAGGGAUGGGCCAAAGUGGCCUCAGACCAGAAUACCCUCCCCAGGCUCAGGACGGACCUCCUCGUAUUGACAUGGUAACCCAGUGCUACUUCGAGGGAGGUUACCAGAAUACUCCCGUGUACCAACUGGGAGAACUGGGCCAGGGACACAGACUCCCAGGACCUUGCCUCAUCAUUGACAGCAACAGUACCAUCUUAGUAGAGCCAGAGUGCCAUGCUGAGGUGACCAAAGCAGGUGAUAUCCGAAUCACUGUGGGAGCACAUUCCCCUACUAUGAUCAGCUCCCGACUUGAUCCCAUUCAACUGUCCAUCUUCUCUCACCGUUUCAUGAGCAUUGCUGAGCAGAUGGGGCGCAUCCUGCAGCGUACGGCCAUCUCCACAAACAUCAAGGAACGACUGGACUUUUCCUGUGCUCUCUUUGGGCCUGAUGGGGGCCUGGUGUCCAAUGCACCCCACAUUCCUGUGCAUCUUGGUGCCAUGCAAGAAACCGUGCAGUUUCAGAUCAAUCAUUUGGGUGAGGAUCUACAGCCUGGGGAUGUGAUUCUGAGCAACCACCCAAAAGCAGGAGGAAGCCACUUGCCAGACCUCACAGUCAUCACUCCGGUGUUCUGGCCCGGUCAGACCUGCCCAGUGUUCUAUGUGGCGAGCCGAGGGCAUCAUGCCGAUAUAGGGGGCAUCACACCAGGUUCCAUGCCACCCCACUCCACAGAACUGCAACAGGAAGGGGCCGUCUUUCUGUCUUUCAAGCUGGUUCACAGGGGCAUCUUCCAGGAGGAGGCUGUGACAGAAAUCCUAAGGGCUCCAGGAAAGAUUCCUGGCUGCAGUGGUACCCGAAAUCUCCAUGAUAACCUGUCUGACCUCCGGGCCCAGGUGGCAGCCAAUCAGAAGGGGAUCCAACUGGUAGGGGAACUGAUUGGCCAGUAUGGGCUAGAUGUCGUACAGGCCUACAUGGCCCACAUCCAGGCUAAUGCAGAGCUGGCUGUUCGAGAGAUGCUCCAGGCCUUUGGGGCAGCCCGGGAGGCACAAGGGCUGCCCCUGGAGGUGAGCGCAGAGGAUCACAUGGAUGAUGGCUCCCCCAUUCGCCUUCUAGUGAAGCUCAACCCAGUACAGGGCAGCGCCAUCUUUGACUUUAGUGGCACAGGCCCAGAGGUGUUCGGCAACCUAAAUGCUCCCCGAGCCAUCACGCUGUCAGCUCUUAUCUACUGCUUGCGCUGUCUGGUGGGCCAGGAUAUUCCUCUGAAUCAGGGCUGUCUGGCUCCAGUUCAGGUGGUGAUCCCUCCGGGCUCCAUCCUGGAUCCAUCACCAAAUGCAGCUGUGGUUGGGGGCAAUGUGCUGACCUCCCAGCGGGUAGUGGAUGUCAUACUGGCUGCCUUUGGAGCCUGUGCUGCUUCUCAGGGCUGCAUGAACAAUGUAACUCUAGGGAAUGCCCACAUGGGCUACUAUGAGACAGUGGCAGGGGGUGCAGGAGCAGGACCAAGCUGGCAUGGGCGCAGUGGGGUGCAUAGUCACAUGACCAACACCCGCAUCACUGACCCUGAGAUCCUGGAGAGUCGGUACCCUGUGAUUCUUAGGCGGUUUGAGCUACGGGAGGGCUCAGGAGGAAGGGGCCGCUUCCGAGGUGGGGAUGGUGUGGUAAGAGAGUUUGUUUUCCGAGAAAAAGCCCAGCUGUCUGUCCUGUCUGAGCGACGAGCCUUCCAGCCCUAUGGGCUCCAUGGGGGAGAACCCGGAGCCCCUGGACUCAAUCUGUUAAUUCGAAAAGAUGGACGGACCAUCAGCCUGGGGGGGAAAACAUCUGUGACUGUGUUCCCUGGGGAUGCCUUCUGCCUGAAGACACCUGGUGGAGGUGGCUACGGGGACCCUGAGAAGCCAGCCUCUGCCCCUGGCUCCCCACCCCGUACAACCUUCUUUCCGGAACGAGGCAGCGUCUAUGAGUACCGACAGGCACAGGAGGGUGUGUGAGGGGUGGGGUGGUGAGCACCCUGUUGGGGCAACAAUAAAGAUCCCUGAAGUUGCCCCCAUACCAAAGGAGUGGGGCCAGGGAGGAGCCAAA